AAGAAGUAGAGUAAUAUAAGGGGAGGCGGCACUGCAGGGCAGGCGGAUGGAUUGCUCCCAGUCCCUUGAAAGAAGGGGAAAUGAUUGGAAUUGGAAUUGGAGUGCAAGCCAAAAAUUUUACAUUAAUAAUAGCAACUUUUUAUUAUUAACCAGAGAACAGAAACACAAAUAACAUACCCCCCCCUCACUCAAUCCCUCAGCCUCACCACCAUCCACCCAAACUAAUACCCAACCCCACCCCACCAAUUUCUUUCCUUUCUCUCCCCACUCUCAAUUAUUCAUUCAUUCAGGUAUUGCACCUCUCUCCCUCCCUCCGUCUUAUCAUACAUUUUCUGUAUUUUUGUUCAUUCAACCUCUUCCCUUCUUUUGAUUCGUUUGUAUCAACACGAGAUUUUGGUUCUGCCGCUGGUGAUCCAUUUCUGCAAACCUUGAAGGAGGUGAAGGGUUUUGGGCAUUUUCUAAAGCUUUUCACCUGAUUCUGGGCUGGAGUGCAAAGCUGACAUUUCUUCUGGAAUCUCUGAUGGGUUUUUGCUCUUCUGUGAAUUUCUCCGUUUUAUACAUUUAGUUUUAUGAAAAAAAAAAAUAACAAUAAUAAUAAUUGGAGAAAAAGGGGUUUGAUCUCUGAAUUGAUACUGUGUUGGUGGUUUUGGAUUGUGGACGGAAAUUCAAUUACGUGCUCAUAAUAAGAAUUCUGGAUUUGGGGCAGUUAUCAGGUGAGGGAUUAUCUGAAUUUGUUGAGUUAUAAGGUGGCAUUGAGCGUUGGAUUUUCUCAAGUAGUUGAAUGGGUAAUACCUGAAUUCUUGAGAUCUCUUUCUGGUGAUAAACUAAACAAAAAGGGGAAUCAUAUUAGUGCUUUUGGUUUGUCAGUUAGGUUAGGUGCUUGAGACCGAAAUGGAAACAAAGAAAGUGUUCUUUUUGGGAAGGGAAACCGACUCCAACAGUGAAAUCGGAAGCCAAGACUUAAAUAUUGGGGAUGACAUUAAUAUGGAAGAGCCUCAGUGUGCUGAAGUUGAAAUGAUGGGAAUGGAAACCGCUGAGGCUGGAGUAUCGAGUCUUAGCAAUGAGAUAGAACUUGGGACAGAGAUUGCAGGUUUUUGUUCAGAGAAGAGUGAUGGAGGAUGCCAUGGCAAUGUGAUUUUCUCAAGAGAAGCUCCGCUUGUAAUUAAGGAAGAUUUGAGCACAAGUGCUUGUAGUUGUGGUGCUGAGAAACUUAAAUCCAAAUUGGCUGCUUAUGAUUCAAAAAAUGGGAAAAAUGAUAGGAAGCUCAGUCGACAAGAUAGAAUUGAGUUAGGACGGUUGUUUCAGGGGGCUGUGUGUUCACAUGAUUGGGAGCUUGCUGAAAGCCUGAUAUUUUUGGCAGACCCGCAGACUCUAAAUGAUGCACUGUGCAUUUCUUUGGAUUCAAUCUGGUUCUUGAGCACACAACAAGAAUUUUAUGGAAUCACUGGAAUAAUCAACAAGAUCAUUGCUCAUGGGGCAUAUGACUUCACUCGAGCUGCACUUAGGACUUCAUUUCUUGCUUCUUGUGUCUCUGCUUGUCAGAGUCAAACAAUGAGCCUCGCGGACACGGUGACUAUGAUGUCACAAAGGUUGAGUGAAAGGCUUCAGGAAUGCAGUGGUGAUGAAGUUCUAAAAGCAGAGGCAGGUGCCAAGGUUCAGAAAUUUACUGAGUGGGCUCUUAAAUGUAUAAGUUUCCAUUCUCGUUCCCAGGGUAAUCUAAACAGAGUGGGCCAUAAAUCUGCUCUUGAGAUCCAACUACAAUUAUCUGCUUUCAAGACCUUCCUCGAUCUUGUCGGCAACCAUCUUACUGGGAAGGAUUUCUCCGAAGCAUUUGAUGCAGCUUGCUUCCCUCUUACGUUAUUUUCCAGUGCAUUUGAUAAUGGUUGGUCAUCAGGUAUAUCAGCAACUGCAAUCCAAGGAUUGUUGGGCAUGCUGGUUGAGGGGGGUGCAGAUAAUGUUAACCAAUGUUUUCUGGAGGCUUCACGCUUUGGGAGCACAGAGCUUGUUCGCAUUUUAUUGCAGAUUGCUCAACGGAAUAGCUUGGAUGUGGAUGUUGACCUGGCCCUGGGAUUUGCUUCUCAUUACGGUAAAAUUGGCACUAUGGAGUGUCUAGUGGAGGAGGGCAAUGCUGGGGCUUUCUUGGGGCCUUUAAUGAGAGCCGCGGAGAGGGGUUGCAUGCCAGUUGUCGAAUGGUUUGUUCAAAGGGGUUGCCGAGACAUGGAACUUUGUCUCGCUCUUACGGCUGCCACAUCAAGCAGUCAAGUAGAGGUAGCAGCCCAUCUCCUCCCUCACGUGCCCGAGCACGUUCUUGCCGCCCUUAGUAUUGAAAUUCUCAAGGCUGCUGGUGAAAGAAGUAGCAGGUCUCUUGAAGGGGUAUCAUUACUGCUCCGUUCAGAUUUCUUACGUGAUCCUGCUGCUACCUAUUCUGUUGCUGACAGCAUUGCUAGGUCCAAUGAUGAGGCAGUUGCUCCAGAGCUCAAGGCUUUUCUCCAAGAGCAUUGGUCAGAGGCAGCUUUCUUGGACGGACUCAGACAAGGAGAAGCACAUUUCUCAAACCUGGUGCAGAUUCUAAGAUACAGCCAAUCUCCAAUUUGUUUACAGGAUCUCCCUGGCCCGUUGAGGGUGGCAAUUGCUUAUCUGCCACUGUACAGGGAGUGCAUCGAGGCUGGAGGCAGCUUGUUAUCACAAAGGCAUCGGGGCCAGCUUGUUGAAGCUGCAAGAAGGCUUGGAGGUGUGGUGCUAGACAAACCCAACCAAAGGAGGGAACUGCUGGCAGUCUUGGAGCAUCACCUCCCUCCAUUUCUUGCUAUAUCCCAGGAAUGUGAUUAGGAAUUCUAGAAGUUGAAAAGCAUUCUGUUUUUCCGCCCUUCAUCUCCCUCUAAUGUUAUAGAAGAUAACUAUGUAUUAGCAGUUUUAAGUAGUUUGGUGGCUACUAUCCUAUGUUCUUCACCUUCUGCUGAUGCCGAAAGCCUAGUUUGGAAGAUGAAAGUGGUUGGCAAAGUAAUGGUCACUUGUAAUACUAAGUUCACCCCAAGUCAUCUUAGCCCUUUGUGGGUGUGCAAUAGCAAAGGGUUUCUUUUAACUAAUAAUAAAUGCUACUGAUGAUGAGGCGGUUGAUGUAAAUGUGAUAUUAUGAUAAGGAAGGAAGUAUUUGGAUGGUGGAAAUGUUUCCAUACAUGCGUUUGAAUUGGGAAUUUCAUUAUGAGGGGUCCUUUGUAUGGUGACCUAAGAGCAAAAUUUCCCGUCCUGUAAUACAUUCCGAUGUGUUGUUAUCAAUGGCCUUGGACUA